GGUGAGUAUAUAUACGAUCUGAUUGUCUCCAUUUCGUCCUCCUCUUUGAUUUUCCCUUGGAGAUAGCGCUCUGCAGUCCAUGGUAUUCCACUUGCUGACAUGGAGCCGAGGAGACUGGAGCGGUUAGUGUUUCUGCUCUGCUGCUGUGCGGCCAUCACAUGCAGCCUGCACGCGCGAGCUCAGGCCAAAGACACUACACAACAAUCCCAAGGCUCACCCCACAAUGGAGCAGUGGGUAGGGUUUUGUCGGAGACGGGGAAUAGAUCGCAUAGCGAACUUUCAAGAAGAACGAGAAGAAUCGAUCCUUUUGAUGGAUUAAGGAAGUAUGAGGGAGGGUACAACAUCACAAACAAGCAUUACUGGAGUUCGACCGUAUUUACAGGUAGAUCUGGAUACAUCAUUGGUGCAUUAUGGCUUAUUGGUGGUAUUGUUUUUGCGGGAUUCCUUCUUGCCUCGAAGAUUUUCUUCACCAAAAAUAAGGAAAGAGACAGUGUCAUCGACUAUUUUCUUGACAGAUGCCAACUUUUGUCUGUCAUACUUUUCAUUCUUCUUGCAGUUUUUGCCAUAGUUGCAUCAGCAUUUGCGCUUCUCGGCGCUGUAAGAUUUCAUUCUAGAGCAGAGUCCAUCAAAGACAUCGUUGGGAGAACUGCGCUUGAAGCGACAGCGACAAUUUACAACAUUACAGGAGCCAUUGAGAGGAUGGAGAACACAUCCAAACUAUACAACAUUAGCAGCCAAUCCUUUGAUCAUCUGAACUCGACAGUAAAGACACUCAAAUCUGAAGCCGUGGAAAUUCAGGCGAAGGCCGAGAAGAACAUGCGCUUGGUCACCAAAGGCAUCAACACAUUAGAACUUGUCAUCAUUUUAACCGUGACGCUGAAUCUUGCCGUGGUUCUUGUCUUGCUAGUGGGAAGACCUCUGAGGCUACAGAAACUGUACUACGUGUGCAUAGCCUUUUGCUGGGUACUGACAGUUCUCUUCUGGAUGUACUUCGGACUGUACUACUUCCUCGACAAGUUCGCCGGCGACACGUGCGCGGCCCUCGAGGAGUACCAGCUGAACCCCAAGAACAGCACGCUGGGCGCCAUCAUACCCUGCAGCGAGAAGCUGUCCGGCAGCGUCAUCCUGCACGAUGUUGGUGCAGGCAUACAUGACAUCAUAGACCAGGUGAAUUCGAACAUUUACACGAUCAAGUCGGAGUACGCCGUGAAGCAGCUGGACUACAUCUGCAACCCGUUCGCCGGGCCGCCAGCGUACCGUUACCGGCCGGAGAACUGCGCUUCCGGCGCCGCCACCAUCGGUGACAUCCCUCAGAUCCUGAGGCGGCUGACGUGCUCGGACUUGGGCGGUGGCGCCAACUGCGCGCCGGCCGACCUCUCGUCGGCGAUCGACUACGACAAGGUGCAGACCUACACGAGCUCCAUCCAGAACGUGCUGGACAUCUUCCCGGGCACGGAGCGGCUGGUGAGCUGCGAGCUGGUCAAGGCCGGCUUCGCGGACAUCGUGGGCAACCAGUGCGCGCCGCUGCGGCGCGGCGCGCGGGCGACGUGGGCCGCGCUCGCCGCCCUGUCGACGGCCAUGGCACUGCUCGUGCUCGCCUCGGCGGCAUGCGGCGGCGUCGGAGGGUCGCGCCACGCCGGCGACGACCGCCACUCGGUGAGGCACCUCACGUCGUCGUCCAACUCGGAGAUAUCGGAGACCGAGCUCGCCGAGGUGCACGCCAAGAAGGUGCGAGUCAAGGUCGUCGGGCCGUGA